GGAGCUGCCGCCGGCCGGGCCCAUCCCGCCGCAACGGCUCCUGGGCCGAGCAGGGGCGAGGCGCAGAGGGAGCAGCGCCAAGCGGGAGCCAGAGCGCGGCCAGAAUGGUGCUGGAAGGAAACCCUGAAGUGGGGUCUCCCCGAACCUCAGAUCUCCAGCACCCGGGGAACCAGGGCUCUUGUGUGCUGUCUUCUCCUGGUGAAGAUGCACAGCCAGGGGAGGAGCCCAUCAAGUAUGGCGAACUCAUCGUUCUGGGCUACAAUGGGUGUCUGGCAAAUGGUGACAAGGGCCGCCGCCGAAGCCGCCUGGCCCUGAGUCGCCGGCCACAUGCCAACGGAGUGAAGCCAGAUGUCAUUCACCACAUCUCAACGCCACUCGUCUCCAAGGCACUGAGCAACCGGGGCCAGCACAGCAUCUCCUACACACUGUCCCGGAGCCACUCGGUCAUAGUAGAGUACACCCAUGACAGCGACACAGAUAUGUUCCAGAUUGGCCGCUCCACGGAGAACAUGAUUGACUUCGUGGUGACAGACACGUCCCCUGGGGGAGGGGCUGCUGAGGGCCCCUCUGCCCAGAGCACCAUCUCCCGCUACGCCUGCCGCAUCCUCUGUGACCGCCGGCCACCCUAUACUGCCCGCAUCUAUGCCGCUGGCUUCGAUGCCUCCAGCAACAUCUUCCUUGGAGAGCGGGCAGCCAAAUGGCGGACCCCCGACGGGCUGAUGGACGGCUUAACUACCAACGGGGUCCUGGUGAUGCACCCAGCAGGCGGCUUCUCUGAGGACUCGGCCCCGGGUGUCUGGCGGGAGAUCUCGGUCUGUGGGAAUGUGUAUACUCUGAGGGACAGCCGCUCGGCACAGCAGCGGGGGAAGCUGGUGGAAAACGAGUCCAACGUGUUGCAGGACGGCUCCCUCAUCGACCUGUGCGGGGCCACGCUGCUGUGGCGCACGCCGGCGGGGCUGCUGCGGGCGCCCACACUGAAGCAGCUGGAGGCCCAGCGGCAGGAGGCGAACGCAGCCCGGCCCCAGUGUCCCGUGGGCCUCAGCACCCUGGCCUUCCCCAGCCCGGCCCGCGGCCGCACGGCACCCGACAAGCAGCAGCCCUGGGUGUACGUCCGCUGCGGCCACGUCCACGGCUACCACGGCUGGGGCUGCCGGCGAGAGCGGGGCCCCCAGGAGCGCGAGUGUCCCCUCUGCCGCCUCGUGGGGCCCUACGUGCCCCUGUGGCUCGGCCAGGAGGCCGGCCUCUGCCUGGACCCCGGGCCGCCCAGCCACGCCUUUGCACCCUGCGGCCACGUCUGCUCUGAGAAGACUGCCCGCUACUGGGCUCAGACGCCACUGCCCCAUGGCACCCACGCGUUCCACGCCGCCUGCCCCUUUUGUGGGGCCUGGCUCACCGGCGAGCAUGGCUGUGUCCGCCUCAUUUUCCAGGGGCCACUGGACUAGGCUCCUCGGGGCCCCUUGCUGCCGCACCUGCCUGCCCGCCUGGGUCCCCCACCUCCAGGGAGCUCUGCAUGUGAGACUCUACCUGCUGGCUCAUCGCCAGGCCAGAUGGACGCGUUGGGUGGGCGGUGCCCUUUCCCUCCUAACUUGGGCUCCAGAGGGGGUCCCUGGACCCUCACCCCGGACAGAAUGAUGGGGCUCUCAGCAUCAGCUCUGUCCUGGGCUGAUGGAGGGAGGCCCAGCCCUACUGCCCCAGCCCUUCUAGGGGCAUCCCACAUCAUGCCGCCUACACUGUGCCCCUGGGGGAAUGAAGGGGCCAUGGGUCCCUGACCCCCAGCUUAGGCUGGCUGUGCCCUGAGCCUGCCAACCCAGAUCCAGAUAAUCACCCCGACGCUGCUGCCCUGGGUUCCUCUAUAAACCUGCUGCUCAGCU